GCACUGCACCCAACCCUGGUUAGAGUGAGAAAGAAGAAAGGUGGAGAGAGAAACUCAAAGAAUGAAGGGUGGAGGAGGAGAAAGGGUUAUGGAAGCUGGAAGACCUUCGCGCCUUGUUAUCUCUCUGAUCCUCAUCCUCCAUCUCAUCGCCUUCGCUCUCGCCAUUGCAGCCGAGAGGCGAAGAAGCACUGGGAAGGUGGUGCCUGAUAAAUACGACGAAGCUACCUAUUGUGUUUAUGACUCGGACAUCGCUACGGGCCUUGGAUUGGGGGCAUUCUUCGCCGUACUGUUAGCUCAAGGCCUGCUAAUGAGCGUCAUCAAAUGCCUCUGUUGUGGGAGGGGUCUAACCCCUGGUGGCCCUAGAACGAAAGCUAUCAUCUUCUUCGUAAUUUACUGGUUAAUGGCGGCGAGUGCAGAGCUAUGCCUGGUGGCCGGGGCGGCAAGGAAUGCAUAUCAUACGAAGUACAGUGGGGUCUUUGGUGUGUGGAACCCGUCGUGUGCCGCCCUAAGAAAAGGGGUUUUUGAGGCGGCGGCGGGGCUGGUUGCGGUGGCGCUGCUAGCGGCGGAGCUCUGUUACACGUGCUACGUGAGGGCGGCGAGCAAUGGCUUCUGGCAGGCCUACAAGGGCGAUGGUGAGCGGAGCGUCGGCAUGGCUGGAUACCAAGGAUGAUGAAUGAGAGAAUUUCAGAUGGGUUUUUUAAAGAAAAAAAGGGUAAUUCGAUACAUAACAAGAUCUAGGGUUUCUUCGUGAUGGGUUUUGAUGCCAUUUUCUGGUAUGGUCAUGUUUUUUCUUUUUUGUUUUUUGCCUGCCCUUUGGAAAAUGAUGCGUCUAACUCUUAAAAGGAAAUCGUAAUUUAUUAAAUUUGUCGUCGGAAA